AUGAGCACUCCAUUUGGCUUAGAUUUAGGUAACAAUAACUCAGUACUAGCAGUUGCCAGAAAUAGGGGUAUUGAUGUCGUUGUCAAUGAAGUUUCUAAUAGGUCUACACCAUCCUUGGUCGGCUUUGGCCCCAGAAAUAGGUACUUAGGUGAAUCUGGUAAAACUAAGCAAACAUCGAAUGUUAAAAACACUGUGGAAAACUUGAAAAGAAUCAUUGGACUAAAGUUCAAAGACCCUGAAUUUGAUAUCGAGAAUAAGUUCUUCACUUCGAAAUUGGUACAGCUAAAAAAUGGUAAAGUUGGUGUGGAAGUGGAGUUCGGCGGUAAAACACACGUAUUUUCAGCUACUCAACUGACUGCUAUGUUCAUUGAUAAGGUGAAGCACACCGUUCAAGAGGAAACGAAGUCAUCAAUUACCGAUGUCUGCCUCGCAGUUCCUGUAUGGUAUUCGGAAGAACAACGUUAUAACAUAGCCGAUGCUGCCAGAAUUGCAGGAUUAAAUCCUGUAAGGAUUGUCAACGAUGUGACUGCAGCCGCCGUUUCGUACGGCGUCUUCAAGAAUGAUCUGCCAGGUCCUGAAGAAAAGCCAAGAAUCAUUGGCUUAGUGGACAUUGGGCAUUCUACCUACACCUGUUCUAUUAUGGCUUUCCGCAAAGGCGAAAUGAAAGUAUUAGGUACUGCUUAUGACAAGCACUUUGGUGGUAGAGAUUUCGAUCGCGCAAUCACAGAACAUUUUGCUGAUCAGUUUAAGGACAAGUACAAGAUUGACAUUAGGAAAAAUCCGAAAGCUUAUAACAGAAUUUUAAUCGCUGCUGAAAAAUUAAAAAAAGUGCUUUCUGCGAACACUACUGCCCCCUUCUCCGUUGAAUCUGUUAUGGAUGAUAUCGACGUUUCCUCUCAAUUGAGCCGUGAAGAGCUGGAAGAAUUAGUAGAGCCCUUGUUGAAGCGUGUGACGUAUCCAAUCACCAAUGCAUUGGCUCAAGCUAAAUUAACUGUCAAUGAUAUUGACUUCGUAGAAAUAAUUGGUGGUACAACCCGUAUCCCAGUUUUAAAGAAGUCAAUUUCUGAUGUUUUUGGAAAACCUUUGUCAUCUACUUUAAAUCAAGACGAAGCUGUGGCCAAGGGGGCCGCUUUCAUAUGUGCCAUUCACUCUCCAACUUUAAGGGUCAGGCCGUUUAAAUUUGAAGAUAUUGAUCCGUAUUCAGUGUCAUACACUUGGGAUAAGCAGGUCGAUGACGAAGACCGUUUGGAAGUAUUCCCUGCUAAUUCAUCAUAUCCAUCAACUAAACUAAUUACUUUACAUCGUACUGGAGAUUUCAGCAUGAAAGCGGUGUACACUCAUCCUUCGAAACUGCCAAAAGGUACUUCCACCACUAUUGCAAAAUGGAGCUUCACUGGGGUCAAGGUUCCUAAAGAUCAAGAUUUUAUUCCUGUAAAGGUCAAGUUAAGAUGCGAUCCUUCCGGCUUGCAUAUUAUCGAGAACGCUUACACAACGGAAGAUAUUACGGUUCAAGAGCCAGUGCCUUUACCGGAAGACGCACCAGAAGAUGCCGAGCCCCAGUUUAAAGAAGUUACUAAAACAAUUAAGAAAGAUGUGCUAGGUAUGACUGCAAAAACAUUCGCGCUAAACCCGGUUGAGUUGAACGAUCUAAUUGAAAAAGAGAAUGAAUUAAGAAACCAGGAUAAGUUAGUUGCCGAAACCGAGGAUCGCAAAAAUGCCCUUGAAGAGUAUAUUUAUACCCUUCGUGCCAAACUCGAUGAUGAAUACUCCGAUUUUGCGUCUGACGCAGAAAAAGAAAAGCUAAAAAACAUGUUAGCCACUACUGAAAAUUGGUUAUAUGGUGAUGGUGACGAUUCUACCAAGGCAAAAUACAUUGCUAAAUAUGAGGAGCUGGCAUCGUUGGGGAAUAUUAUUAGAGGUAGAUAUUUAGCAAAGGAGGAAGAAAAAAGACAAGCACUCAGAGCGAAUCAAGAAACUUCUAAAAUGAAUGAUAUUGCUGAAAAAUUGGCUGAGCAAAGAAGGGCACGCGCUGCAAGUGAUGAUAGCGAUGACAACAAUGAUGAAAACAUGGACCUUGAUUAA